UUAUUAUCAAUGAUUCACUCGAGCUCGGUACAAUGUUUCCAUACAUCAUAAAAGCUCAAGAAUUAGGCUGGGGAAUCCUAAUAUUUAAUCCAAAUGAAAAUAUGGGAAAUUAUAUGCGUGAGGGUGAAGUUGUUGAUCGCCGUCCCAUACCAGGCUCGGAGUCGCCACAACAGCAUUCACUUUAUGUGGCUGCUAAAGCUGAAAAGAUCUUGAUGGUUGCUCAUAGCUAUGGUGGGAUUAGUACAACAACAUUACUGGAUGAAAGAAAGGAUGAAUUCAGAACUCGAGUAAAAGUGGUCGCGCUCACUGAUAGUGUACACAGUGCCGGGAUGGUUCCAUCACACUCGCAAGAAUGGUUCAGAAAAAAUACAUAUAACUGGAUUAAAUCCAACCUUCCGUUUGAUACACCGAUAAAAGAGGCUAAUCGGUAUUAUGGAUGUAAAUGUGUUUCAGCAGGACACAUCAAGCAUGAAUAUACCUCUGGUAUGGCCAUCGAAUCGGUCUUUGAAUUCCUGAAAUGGGGACUUAAAAAAGAUAACAAAACUGUUAAUGGAAAUGGAGAAGCAGGAGGAAAAUUUGAGGAUGGCGCUGCUUCCGCUAAUAAAGGAUUGAAAUUUUCUGAUGAAGAAAAGGAGAAUAAUAAUACAAACAUAGAAGACCCGAUGGAGGAAGAUGACGAUUUGUCAAAGUCAAAAAAAAAGCUCGACUCUGAUAACGUAAAGCUAAAAUCUUCUUCCCAAACAAAGGAUAAGCAUAACUCUUUGAAAACACCAUCAGAAAAAGGAGAAACGAUAAAGGAAGAAAAGAAGGAUGAUGAGAAGGAUGAAGAGAAACCAAAUUCUGAAAAUAUCACAAAUUCAAAUAAUUCGGAUACAGAAAAACCAUUGGUGCCAUCAUCGUCAACAUCAUCUGGAAACGAAGUCACAAAUUCAAUUACAAAUAUCGAUAAUGAAGAAGCGCAAAAUCAUAAAAACUCAGAUCUGUCAUCCAAAGAUUCGACCAAGAUUCAAAAUGGGAAUUUGAAUGAAAAUGAACAUCAAAUUAAUGAUACUACCGGUGAAGAUGACGGUAAAAUUAACAGUAUUAUGGAAAGUUCAGCAAUUGAUCUUAAAGCAAGUAACUCGUUUGAUUUUGAUAAAAAAGCUAGCA